ACUUUUCUAUAAGAAUAUACGUUUAGUUUGACUUCAAGGAGAAUGCAAAUGUAGAAUUGAAAAGAUGAGAUUUUAGUCUGCUUCGCUGGUUUGUCCUCAUACCUUGCGAUGCCAAUUGAAAAGAUGAAACAUUUGGAAAACCUUGCUAAAGGGAUUCGAGAGUGCCGCAGGAACGAAGGCAACUAUGGAAACAAACAGUGCAUUAUUGCAAAAUGUCAACAGGAAAGCUGAUUCACAACGUGUUAAAACCUUAAAGAAAAUGCCUAAAACAAGUUUUUUAUCCAUUAAGAAGCUACAUGCCAGCUUUGAUUUAUAAAAAACUUUUGUUCGAUAAAGAUGAAUCAUCAAAGGGAACCAGUCUUUCCCAAGGGCUUUGAAUUGUGCUUUGUUAUCAAAAUCCUUGACCAAGAUGUCCAACAUAAUCUUAACCGUUGUUUUUAGAAAAAGUGGGGUUUAUGAUUGUAAAAACUAUUGUCUUUAAAUCAAGGCUUUUUCUGCGAUAGGAGCUGAGUUCUCGAAAGAUUAGAAUAGCCUUCAUUUGUCAUUUUACCUUGCGUGAAAUGGUAUUACGUUCUUAAGUAGAGGGGGCAUGCUCCCGUAACCUCACAUCCACAAUAGCUCGAAGCAUUAGUGACAAUAAAGACUUUUCUUUCCUAUGAACGAUCUUCCAUUGCUCCUCUCUCCCAUUUCCGUUCUCCCCCCCCCCCCAAGAUAAAAUAUUCUGUUCCACCAUUUGCCAAAUUCUAUUUCUUAUCGACAUGCCCAGAUAUAACUAGACUUUGACGAGAUUAUGGUUGAACCUAAUAUGAUAGUGGAAAGCAAUCUCUAAAUGACGAAUAAUGGUGUACCUUUUUUUAAUUUACUGGUCUAAGCGGCUACUUUAGGCCAUGAAUACAUUAUUCUAGCGAGACUUCACAUACGAUCUUUGUUUGUAUCUCUUUUGAAGACAUAAAUCUUGUUUGCCUAAAAACAGGAUAUCAUAUGAUGGAAUAUUUCGAAUUUUUUGUAUCUCUGCCAAGAUUUCAAUCGAAUUAUAGCAACUUAUAUUUAAAUAGAUCAGAGAGCCCUCAAUCUCAGGCCAUUGUUCCGUUCUAUGAGCUUGUUGGUUUCUUAUCUCUACGGUUUAGCCUUUUUUGUUUAGGGGGGAGGAAGCUUAUUAGAAAGGAGGACCUGUUUACAUAUUCAAACUUGUCAUUUGUCAAAUCAUCGAUUCACAUCACAAAGUUUAAUUUGUUGAAAUUUUGCUCCUUUCCCUAAUUCCUAAUCGGAUUUUGACGAGAUACCAAAUUGGUACCGCGAAGAACUGGGAAACGAUUUGUCCCCUCAAUCUCCAUUGGGCGAAAUUUUUUCGCUUUUGCGCUGACGAAAAGCGAAAACCACAUGGCACACAAUCAAUCCAGCUAACAAUAGAUUUGCGUGCCAAAUAGAAAGCAAAUAUCUGCGAAUGUUCUGAUUUUGCUUUAUUUGUUGAAGCGUAAGAAACAAAGAAACCAAAAGCAAAUAAAAGGUUUUGGGUACGUAAAUUCUACCAAGAGCUAGGAGCUUACAAAAAUGUUUAUAGAUCUACAAUAAUAUGACUACCAACUAUUAUUUACCUGUUGUUGUCUUUGGUGGUUCCAUAUCUAGUGAACGAAUCGAAGUUUCGCAAACCAAUAGGUGCUAAGGGAGACUAUGUGUGACUCUAAAGCGCCUUUUAUGGUGAUUCGCAUGUAUCAGUUAGCAUAAGCUAUAGGAUAAGCCCCACAACUGUUGGUAGGAUUAUAAAAGAAACAUGUAACGGACUUGUAACAAGAAAUUUUAUUUUUUCCUCAUCCAACACGAAGCUGCUUUUCGACACAAACAUUUUGCAUAGGACUUCAAACUCACCGGCGAAAAAGAAGAAAACUCAAAUAGUUUGAACUUUCAAGGCGAACGUCGCGCACUGCUCAGGAAACGAAAAGGUUCAAAUGCGCAUGCUCAUAACCUUUCACCGGCGAAAAACGAAAAAAUUUCGCCCAGUGGAGAUUGGCCUAGUAACGAUAGCAUCCUACUCAAUGCGAAGUAACGAUAGUAACCUCUGUGUAAACAUCGGUUUUAGUCCCGAUUUUUCCAUGAUACUUAUUCAAUGUAGGUCAUUUUUUUCUCUAGAAAAGCAAGCACCCAAUGGGGUUCUCUCCUGUCUUGAAAGCCCUUUGGGCUCUAAAUUAGUGAAUUGGAAUUUCCUACCUGAGCCACUAAAUGCAGCUGUAUCGACCACCCUUUCCUUUCUGGGUUUUUUCGGGCUUUGCUUUGCCCUUUUUCUGCUUCAGAAAACUAGCCCUACAGUCGAAUCUUAACUAACGACCUCAUCCACGCAUACUUCGCAACAGUAAGCGAGUAAUGUGGCGCAUCGCUAAAUGAUAAUUAACAUUAAAUUUAUUACAUAAUCACGCGGAAAUGGCGAUUGUCCACAUAUUCAGCAUGUCGGAGGAAGAUAGAAGCUCGUUACAAACCCGCAUGUGUGUUUAUUUUGAGUAUUCUGACAAACCUCAAAGAGAUUAUUAUUAGGUGAGAUCAAAAUUAUCAUUUGUUUACUCGGCCUUGUAAAGUUGUUGGAAACAAAAAAAGCAGGACCAGAUUUCCUGUGCAUUUCAUCAAUGAAGUCGACGGGCGGGCGCUCAGCUUGAGUUGGGUGCUGUUCGUGACUAUCCUUAUCGUGCAAAGCUCACCACAAAUCCGUGUGUUGUCAAUGCAGAAGAUUUACUUAGCAAGCUUCUUGGCCGCUCAUCAAUUUUCUAUUGUUUGAUCAGUUCCAUGUCGACUGUCUUCAAGCCGUCAGCCCCAUCUGCAUCUCAGAAUAAGCAUAACAUGCGCGUGCACUGUAGGAUUUUUAUAAGUACUGACCAGGAAGCUUAAGGAUGGCCCGCGGAAAGUUGCUUACGAUUUUUGUUCUUUGUUGUAUGACUGGCAUUUACGGCGAUAACGAGGAAAGUUUACUGGAUGCAGGGCAAGGGUGCGGAGAAUCUGGCCAGUUGUUUGAUGCUCCCAUUCCUGGUGUUUACAAGUAUCAUAGCAAACGAAGUCGACGUGCUGUCGUUGCUGAUUCUUCCAAAUUAUGGCCAAAUGGAAUUAUUCCCUAUGUUUUUGAUAACAGUAUAUCAGCCUCUGGACGGAGACUAGUGCGACGUGCGAUGAACCUCUGGGAAAAGCAGACUUGCAUCCGGUUUAAGAAGAGAGUUAACGAGACUGAUUACGUUAGCAUGUAUCGAGGAAGAGGAUGCUGCUCUCAUGUGGGAAGGAGAAGAGGCAAGCAAAGUCUCUCUCUUGGUAUCGGCUGCUUGCGUCACGGCAUAAUCGUUCACGAACUUGGCCAUGCAAUCGGUUUUUGGCAUGAACAAAACCGUCCUGACCGCGGCAGUUUCAUCGACAUCCUUUACAACAACGUUGAAAUGGGAAAGGCUAUCAAUUUCAACUUAGUUGAAGAAGGCCGCGUUCGCACUCUUGAUCAGGAUUAUGAUUAUAAAUCGAUUAUGCACUACGGCUCCAAGUUCUUUAACAAAGAUGGCGGCGAUACGAUCAGGCCUAAGGAAUUCUACCGAAUCGAUCCAAAUGUAAUCGGCAGUCGGUAUUACUCUCACUCUGGGGAUAUUCUCAGUGAGCUGGACAUCAUGAAGGCAAAUAUCAUGUAUAAGUGUACCAAAGUGCGUGAAUGUGGAGGUACAUUAUUCAGCAGCAAUGGUUACAUCAAGUCUUCUUCGAGCCCAAGGGAUGGUAAAAACAAAGAAAAAGAUUGUGCCUGGAUUAUAAGCAGAGAUAAAAACCCAAAAAGCACAAAAAUCACAGCAACUUUCACUUUAUUAUUCGAGGAAUUCAAUGUUGGAUUUCGCACACCGACAGAAGGACACUGCGAAGGUGAUUACCUUGAAGUUAGGGAAGGUAAAGGAUUUCUGUCUCCAUUUCUUACGCGGUUGUGCGGUCAUGGAAUUCCGGAGCCUAUAACGACGUUUUCAGAUAGUGUUUACAUCAAGUUGCAUCGUACAAGUGAUGGAAAUGAUUUACAGAAAACGCCUCCUAAGAUAAAGAUCCGUUACAAGUCUGACGUGUGUUCAAAAACCUUUGUUGGUUUGAGUGACAAUAUAGAGAGCCCAGGAUUCCCUUUAGUAUAUCCAACAGAUACAGACUGUCUGUGGAAGAUCAAACUUCGAAAUGGGUACAAAAUCGUCCUGAAGUUUCACGGCUUCGGUUUGCGCUCAUCAGCAACCGAACACGAGUGCCCAGACUACCUGGAUCUGAUUGAAGGUGGUAGCGAGGCUGUUUUCAGAGGACGUUAUUGUGGGUCACAUAGUCCAAACGAGGUUAGGUUUAAUACAAACGAAGCCAUAAUACGAUUGCACACUUCAAAUGAUUCGCAAAGCGAUGAUGCUGCAGCUGGGUUCAGUGCUUCUUACUAUGCAGAAGAUGUAGACGAGUGUCAAACUGGACAGCAUCAAUGUGAUCUAUCCUGCAGCAACUACGAAGGAGGCUACGCAUGCGCUUGUCUGCCUGGGUAUCGAACUGUGUUUAUUAAAGAUCGACCGAAAGGAUCAUGUGUUGAUAUUGAUGAAUGUGCUGUUGGUAAUGGUGGAUGCUCCCAUAAAUGUGUAAAUACGGAUGGUGGCUUCUUCUGUUCCUGUCCUAGCGGUCUCACAUUAGCAGCAAACUAUUCAUGCGUUGAUAUCGAUGAAUGCCGCCCCCCAUUCAGCUUCUGUUCUCAUCGGUGUCAGAACACGUUUGGUAGUUACCAGUGUUCUUGCCCUCCAGGUUACAUCAUCCAAGAUGAUCAAAAAACCUGCAAAGAACUCACAAGGUGCGGAGGAAAACUGAUAUCUACUGUAGGCAUCAUUGAGCCUCCCGUGGUUCCAUUAUCAUACACACGAGAAAUAAAUUGUCAAUGGCACAUAAAGGUGGACAAACAUUUUGGAUUGGCAAUGUCAUUCCAAAUGCCAUGGAAAUUAAUUCAAAACUGUCAGAGUUACUUACUUUUGAAAUCAGAAGGUGGAAGAAACGGUGAACCAAGAAAUGUAAAGAUCUGCUCAAAGUCGGACGUCUUGGAUGAGCUUACCUUCAAAUCAAAUUCUGUCAUCCUUGAGUACCAUACAGAGAAACCAUACAUGAAGUCAUUCACCGUGCGAUAUCGCAGUGUCCGUCUACAAAGUGAUUUGUGUGGAGGAGAAGUAAAAAAGAAACAUGGCCUAAUAAAGACACCAGGCUUCCCAUUUCGAUAUCCAAACAAAGUCAACUGCAUUUGGAAAAUACAGGGGAGAAAGGGGCUGAGAACUAAAAUCACAUUUAUUGAUUUUAGUGUUGAAUUUAGUAGAAAUUGUUUAUAUGAUUAUGCUGAAAUAGAAGAAUAUAAUUCAAAGCAGUCAGUAGCGAAAAGAAUAGGUAGAUUUUGUGGAGAUGACCUUCCACCGGCCAUUGUAAUAAGUUCUUAUAAUGACAUUCACAUCAAAUUUGUAUCAGAUGCUACAGUUAGGAAACGAGGUUUUCAAAUUCAAUAUACGCGAUUGUAAUUGUCAUAUUUACUGUUCUAUUUUUUUUCUAUUUGUAAUGGAACUGGCAACUCAUUUGUACAUUUCGUAGCAGUGCUGUGAGUUUUGGAUGUUUGUACAGAAGAAUUAUUAUGUACUAAAUAAAAAUCCUGUAAGAAAGGCAUGAGUCUGAAGCCUCCCCUUUUAGACUUUAGAAUAGCUGCAUUUUACAACAGCUUAUACACAUAACACUGCAAGGAAAACUUACCCUUAGAAAUUAUGUUUCUAAUAUUUGUUUCUAAUGACUGUAUACAGCGUUAUUUACAACAGUUCAUGUCGACUGGAUAUGAUGUACCAUGGCAUGCUGAAUAAUUGAUACAGUCGAGAGAAAGAGCUGGCUACAGCUCAGGAGACUUUGCACGAAAGACAAAUGCAUACGCUUUUUCAUCAGGUUUAUUCUGGAAGGCUAUCAAAUACACCAGUUUUCUUACGACACUGUUUGCUAUCUGUUAUUCAAAGUAUCAUCUAGUACUUUGGUGUUGUUUUUUUCAUCUCGUGUUCUUAGAUAUUGCCUUUUUAUUCUACCACAUUAAGCCUCCAUCAAUGGACAACUUUGGUUAACGGACACCUCUGGUUAACAGGCACCUCUUGUUGACGGGCACCUCUUGUUGACGGGCACCUCUUGUUGACAGGCACCUCUUGUUGACGGGCACCUCUUGUUGACGGGCACCUUCAAUUAGCGUAUAUCUCCCGCCAUUAAAAGCAGCUCUGGUAAGAUGCCUGCCAAAAGUGUUGGAACACUGGUAUCAAUUUCCAAGGUCAAAAUCAAUCAUCCCCCUCUCUCCCCUACAGAACAAUGUUGGUUUACUAUCAAACGGGUUAGGAUCUUAGGAAGCACUUUCUUUUACGCUUCUUUUAUAAUAUUUCUCCAAAUUAUCAACAUUGUUUUAGGAGGAAGGGGGUGGAAGUAGAAUUUUUUUUCAUGAAAGGAAUGAAAUAUAUCAAAUGCAGCAUAAAUUGCUGGGUGUUCUAAGUACUUUUGGCAGGCAUUGUACUUGAGUAUAGUUAAGUAGAAAGUAAAGAGCUGACUUUUUGGUGUCCAAUUUAUGGCGUCCACUCUGAGUUUAAUGUUUUGCAUUAUAUUUAUUAACAAUUCGCUAUAAGAAUUUUGUAAACCGUUCAUUGUUAAUGUCAAUGGGCCUUAAUGAGAAUUUGUGCUACUAGAGUAAAAGUCCUUGCAUAUUGAGAGUUCAAAGGUAUCGAGUAAUAAAGUAUCCUUCAACUGACACGAUGAAAUCAGUAGCAGUCUUUUAUCAGAUAGAUAAGGUUUUUCUCUGAUAUAUUUUCCGUCUCCUUACUCAUUCAUAUUUAAGAGAGACGAAUAACAUCAGGGCUAUCGCUACAGACAGGUUUUUGGGAGGUUUCAAAAGAUAGUUUUCUCUUGAAAAAUAUCCAUUGUACAUACGAGUUUUUGCCAUGUAGGUGUGCUGCGUCGGCCAAUGUUUCACUUUGUCGGCAAAGGGAUCGGCGCACCUGCCCCCCUUGAGCACAUUAUCUAGUGACGGCCCUGGACAAGUUCCUAAAUUCUUUUUUGAAAACGUCUUUGAAAAUGCAGUGAAAUUGACAAAAUCGUCACAUUUCAAUUGCCAGAAUUUUACAACCCCUGAGCGCAAUAGCGAGUUGAAGCAGUCUUGCUAACCAUUGGAUCAAUGACAAGAUUCGUAGAUGUUUACAGUUGUUUUUCAACCUUUGUCUUUAGAGUUUCUCUUCCGGUUUGUAUAUUUUCAAAAAUCAACCAGCUUCUACAUCUUUUACAAGAAGUGACAGCACAGCACACAAACGCUUUCUGAAAGUUU